AUGAACGGCGGAGGGAGGUCCGACUGGGCCCUGAACAACGCGAAAAAGAUCGCAGGGCAAGUUGAGGUGGACUGGGCGACCGGGCGCGAUGUGUUCAAGAUCAGGCUCGCCCCUGGCAUGGACCAGGAGGCCCUCGACAACGGAAACAACAUGCUCAAGAUGGCAGAGCCGGAAUACCUCACGCGGUACCUCGAGAAGCUCGGCGUGACGCCCACGCCGAAGAUGAUCGAGCUCCUGCGCUCCCAGCAGGGCGCCAUCCGCGUCAACGAGGACGUGAAGCACACCUGCACUGGCGGCAAGACCCAGUACAGCAGCGCGAUCGAAGUGCGCCCGCCGCUGCAGGCGCGCAUGGUCGUCAAGGCGCUCAAGCACGAAAAGGACCUCCGCCAGCAGGUCUCCACCGCGGCCCUCAAGAAGAUAUCUGAAGUGCCGAACGAGGAUCGGCUUUUGCAUAACGUCCGCGUGCGGCGCCAGUUGGGGCAGAUCACGCGGGCGGCGUUCGAGCCCGGGGCGGACCAGGGCCUCGAGGAGCACCGCAAGGGCUUCCUCGAGUUCGCGCAGGACCUCAUGUUCCCUUUCUCGAUCAUCGCGAAGGACCAAGAGGCGGCGCGAAAGCACCUCGUGGCGCAGAAGCAAAAGCGCAGCGCGGCGGCGGGGAAGAAGGGCGCGAAGGGCGCGAAGGCGCUCGCGGAGACCAGCAGGGAGCUCGGGGCCACGGGCGGGCCCGGGCGGGCGGCCGACGCGCGCACGCCGCGCCGGAGCGCCGCUGUUGGGUUUCGCGCGUCGAGCCACGUCAGUCCGACCCGCGAGGACGCGGAGGCGGCGUCGCCGGACGGCGCGCGGUCGCGGCGCAGGAGCCGCGCGGUGAGCCGGGCCGCGCCGGGCACUGCGAGGUCGCGGCGCCCGUCGAUGGCGCGCGGGAGCGUGGCGGAGAGCAUGGCGAGCUCGGUGGUGGAGGGGAGCGACGACGAGGAGCCGGAGACCCCGCCGGAGUCGCCCACGGCGGCGAAGCUGCGCGCGGCGCUCGCGUCGGGCCGGACGGAGGUCGAGGAGCUCGAGGACGGCCACAUUCGGUUCGUUGACGCUGCCGCCAUGCACAACUUUAUGUCGGAGCUGGGCGCGGAGGAGCAGGCGGAGUUCAUGCGGCGGCGGCGCGUGUCGAUCGGGCCGCUGGCGUCCCGCGGGGGCGCGUCGUCGCCGAGCAGCUCGUCGCAGCCACGGCUCGCGCGCAACGCCCUCAACGUCGAACAGAUGCGCGGCGCUCACGAGCGGCAGCGGAAGACCAAGGUGCUCGCGGGGAGCCUGGUCGGCUGGGACGACCGGCAGCCGGUGCUCAUGUCGCUGGCGCGGAUGUCGUCGCUGCGGCACGUCAACCCGCAUGUGGUGCGUGAGGACCCUCUACGGUCGCACGUCGAGGAGGAGGGGCACGCAGGGCUGCCCGCGGAGCUCAGCGCGAUCGGGGAGGAGCGCUCCGGGCAGCUCAAGGAGCUCUCGUCCGCGUCGGUGGUCCCGCCGCGCUUCCCGCGGGAGCAGCACCCUGCGCCGCGGCCGACGUCGGCGCACAGCUUGCGGCGCGGGCCGACGGGCGCCGUGCAGCCGCACCGCGACCCGGCCGCGCAGAACCAGCACGUCCACCAGCACCGCGUCUCCGCGCACCGCUGCUACGGCCGCCGCGACGCGGAGACCCUGCAGCGCGGCACCGCGCUGCUGCAGCGCGUGCGGGAGCGCGCCGAGAGCGGGGACGGCGAGGACGGGGCCGAGGGCGGGCACCUGUGGUCGAGCAAGCUCCGGAAGAGCUUCAUGUCGCAGGGCUUCUCGCAGUCGAUCCGCGCGGGCCCGUCGGUGCUGCGCGACCCCGUUAUAACGUUCUACCUGGAGCAGUGCCACAGGCUGCAAGGGACGGAGCCCGGGGACACGUCGCUGCCGCGGCACAAGCGGCCGUUCGUGGACCCGAACCUGCGGUCGGAGCUGACGCGCGGGCUGGGGUCGCGGACGAGCUUCGCGGACGUGCAGGACCUCCAGGCGAAGUUUGCGGACUCGCUGGUGACGUGGUACCAGCACGACUGCCCGCGGCCGACGAAGGAGUCGGUGUCGCAGGCGUCGCUCGGCCUGGCGGUCGAGGCGCUCACGAGCCUGUCGACCACGCACUUCCUGCGCAAAAUGCUCAACUACUUGUACGCGCGGUUCGUGGUGGGCGUCGUGCACAGCGAGGACGGCGCCGGCGCGGAGGGGUCGCGGGAUGACGGUUCCGAUGAUGCCGAGGUGUUUCCGGCGGCCAAGAACCUCCCCGAGGGGUGUUCCGUCGAGGAGCAGGACCAGCGCCUGCAGGACAUGGCGCAAGCGUGGACGGCGAUGCUGCGGAGGUACAAGGACGACCCGGGGCUCAGCAAGCUCGCGGUCGGGUUCCUGCUGCCGGCCUGGCUGCUCUGCGUGCGGAGCUCCGUGCAAGAGACGUUCGAGAAGGCGCUGCCGCUGUGGGCGUCGACGGAGGUGGGCAAACUCACGCUGCGCGCCAUGGACAAGGCGGUCCUGGACAUCCUGGACCACCGCGGCCUCUACUCGCAGAUGUCGUGCAUGUCGAGCCACCCGAGCUCCAUCGCGAUCCUGCGCUCCUUCCAGCGCCGCACGCACCAACCGGUCCACAAGAGCCUCGGCGACACGUCGUCGCUCGUCAGGAAGGCCCUGAUGACGUCGCUCGCCGCGGAGGGGCGCCGCCUCGCGCAGCAGUCCACGGCCAAGCCCGCUGAGCCGGAGCCGGAGGACGACUUGCUCGCCCAGCUCAUGCACGACGCUGCACACAAGGCGAUGCCGCGAGAGAGCGACAGAGGCGGAGAAGGGACCGCACACGAGGCGGAGGUGAAGCCGAGGAGGAAGAAGAAGCCGGCGAACGAGGAGGAGCGCGAGCAGGCCAUCGCGGGGCCAGCGCCGCAGAUUGAGGGCGUGGAGACGCGGCUGGCGCUUGCGGCGCACAUGCGGGGACAGGUGGUGCCCGGCGGGGGCGCGAACCGGUCGACGAGCCUGCCCCCGGGGCUGCAGGGCGCAGGGCAUGACGCCGACAGCCGGAAGGGGGGCAGGGGGGACUGGCUGUACCGAAAAGGAUGA